AUGGGUUUCACGACUGGCCUCCUCGGCGGCUUCACUCUAACAACCACUCUAAUCUACCUAAGCAUAACCCUCCACACCCGCAACCGCAUCCAACAAGCCGCCCUCCUCCACCAACAAAGCUUCGUCCUGAACAACCUCGUCGAGCCCGCUCCCGCAUCACCGGAACCCACAGCCCGAGAAGUGCCGGCGGGAUUGUGGGAGACCGCGAAGGAUAAAUGGAAUUCUGAGCUCGAGCGGGGGGUGAAGAGGAUCUGGAGUACGGAUUGGGAUGGUGCGAGGGAUCAGGUAGAGGAGGGCGUGAGCAGUGUGUGGAGGAGGACGUUUGCUGCGGCGAGAGAGAAGGCGGAUGAGGUGACGAAGUGA